CGUCUUGUUGCUUUCACCGCAGUAAGCUACUGUUUUUAAAACAUUGUUGUGCUGAAGUUAACGGUAUUCUUCUGUCGGCGGACACAGUGACUGAAAAGAUCCAGUGGAGUCAUUUUGAAAAUGCCUCUCGAAAAGAACAAUCCUCCAAAAAAGCAAAAGAUGCAGGACAUUGCAUCAUUUUCCUGCACACCUGACAAUCCUGGCAGCAGCCGUUUGACAGAGAGAACACAGCCAGGUGGAGCUACAGGCGGAGCUAAGAGCAGAUCUGCAGGGUCUGAUCCAGGUAGAGCUACAAGCUCUCAGGACAAUCCUGGCAGCAGCCGUUUGACAGAGAGAACACAGCCAGGUGGAGCUCCAGGCGGAGCUAAGAGCGGAGCUGCAGGGUCUGAUCCAGGUGACGGAGGCAAAUUCUCUCAGCCAAGCAAAGAUGCAGGGUCCAAUCUAGGUGGAGCUACAGGUUCUCAGACACGCAGCCAAGUGAAGAAGGAGAACGGCGAUGGUUCCACGGAUAAACAUUUACAUCGUGUCACAGUGAAAUUCAAUCCUACUGAAAGUAAGAAAUUCCCUAUUCACUGUGAUCAUCGUCGUACAGUGCUGGAGGUGAUAAAAUCAACUGAAAACUAUAAGAAGAAGAUGAAGAACUGUUCAGAUGAAAACAUUGUGAUAGCGCUGGGUGAAGCAAGGGAAUUAAUUGUUGCAACACAUUUCCCUUGUACUUGUAUCGGGGAAGAUGAGUCACUGCUCAUAUCAAGUAAAUCACAAAAGGUUGAAGUGACCCAAGACCAAACUCAAACACCAAUACAGUCAAGGGACGAGUAUUCAGUAUUCUACAUCGAUACAGUGGGAGGGCCAAACUCCACAUCAAAGAAGCUUUUUAGAAACAUUCCUGUUAAAAAGUUUAAGUAUCUGUGUGUCUAUGGGGAGAAGGGGAUGACUGUCGAAGAGGCUCUGAAAAGAGACGGUCGCUUCAUUGAUGACCUCGGCGACUUCACUCUGACUGACUAUGCAGAUCCAGAUUCCAUCACUGAAUGCACACAAAAAGUUGACCACCUAGAUCAAAAAAAAUUAAAGAUAUGUCUUGCACCGAAGAAGGGAGCAAAUUAUAGCUUGCGUUCAUCAAAUAAUUCCCCACAGAUGUGUGACACAACGCCAGCUGUAGAUGAAACGCAGCAGAGAAAAAUCAGAGCCGUGGUGGAAAAGAGAGGACUCAGUGUCAGAGCAGCGAUGGAGAAGAGUGGCAACAGUGUCGACAUUGAGGAGAAUUAUGAAAUACUGCGCCGCCAGUUUACACAUCUCAAAAAACGUAUGGAGAGUAGAUUCCCUGGUGAUUCUUUUCAGAAAGCACUGAACCUGAGGAAGGAAAACUUUGGGAAGAUCCAACAGUCAUUCAGUGAAGUUCACAGAGUCAGGAAGCUGCUGAAACUGGGCAAGUCAGUUUGCAAAGUGGUUGUUGGGGAUGUUUGUCAGGGAACAGGCUUUGUUCUGUUUGACAACUUCAUCUUGACCAACGCACACCUAUUCAGAGAUUGUGUCGAAGGACAAAAGUUGAAGGAGGGUAUAGAAGUGUACUUUCUCUUUAACUAUGAAGAUCCUGAGCCGCACACAAAUUACUACUACUUCGAGCUGGCUCACCAUGACAUCUGCUACACUCAGGGUGAUCUUGAUUAUGCCGUACUUGAGCUCAACCCUGAGAGCCAGAAAUCAAACCACUCAACACAAACAAAGAAAAUGAAGGUGCCACCAGGACUCCUGAAGAUUUUUGGUCCAAUGCCUGAGAAUGGUGAAGCCUGUUUAAUUGGUCACCCAGCAGGAGGACUGAAAAAAAUGGAUCCUACAUUUAUCAUUGAGAAAGAGAGGAGGGUUCAGGCUGUCUGUGAUCAUUUACAUCCAUACACAGACAGUCAUUUCAUUGUCUACUUAAGGGAUCACCUUAUUAAAGUGCAAGGCAUUGAAAACAUAAUGAUCGGUGGAAACAAAGCAGACAAAGUAGUGACCUACAACACUUUCAUGUAUCACGGCUCUUCUGGCUCCCCAGUGUUUGAUGCUCGUGGUCGAGUCUUUGGUUUGCACACCGAUGGAUAUCCUUAUGAGUUCCAAAACCACAAAAAGAGUGUGAUAGAGUUUGCCCAAUCUCUGCUUACUAUAUUUGAACACUUUGUGAGGUUGCUGAAGGAAAGAGGACUGGAGAAGCUGUUGGAGAGAGUUAAGAAAGAAGUGAAGGGAAACUCAGACCUAGAAAAGGUCUUCCAGUCUGUAGAUGAGCUGCAGGAAGUGCAGGUCAAGGCUGAGCCAGCGGAACAUGAGGAUAGCUCUGACUCAUGUCAGUCAAUGUAUACUGAUUAAGUAUUCAGAGUCUCAAAACACAACUGGCUGAAUAGGUGUUUUGUA